GCACUGAGUUAAACACGAGCAAGGGCUUGCGACCAGAGUAAAUAAAAAUACAAAGCUCACGGCAGUGAAUCUGAUACCACUCACCAGAGCUUACUUCUCACUCUGAGAGCCCUGCCUGUGCGGAUCAGCUUUGUAGGGUUUUUUAUUUAUUUUAAAGUGGGAGCGCGCCGUUGCUUCUGAUAAGUGCGUUGUUUCUUUCCCGUUUGCCGCAACCUCCGUGACACGCCUCGCCCCACAAGAGCUUUCAAGAAAGGGAGGCUGGGCAGAGACACACCGACCUACACGCGCUCGGCCCGAAGAAGACCGACCGUUUCUCAAGAGAAAGGCUCUCAUCUUCUCUUCUUUCCGUUUUUUUUUCUUCUUGUGCGCGUAUUGCCGUCCGCGCAGAAAGCAAAGGAAAAUAUUACGCGAGAGAGUCGACACGGGCGUAAAACGCGAAAACAAGAAACCCUGUCGGUGAGACAAAAGUGCAUCAUCGCAGCAGCUCGUACUUUCUUUUCUUCUCUUCUUCGCUGCCGCUGCCGCUGCCGCUGCCGUGAUCAUUCUUGUUUUUUUUGGUACUCCGGUUUGCUCGAUAAAGUGUUCUGAGGACAUCCCUUUUCUUCUCCAGUUUAAGACUCCCGCCUCCGCCGAAUCAGCACACGAGCAUUUGUUUUCCUUUUAUUUCAUGGUUCAACUUGUCACCUUUGUCUGUUAAAAACUGUUAUUAUUAUUAUUAUUUUAUCUUUCAACGAUCCUGCCUUUGCCCUCCUUGCUCACCAACGCCACCUCUGCACUCUUCUUUCUUCUCUGUCUCUGAACGCGUGACGACACGAUGACGUCAGCAGAGGCGAGUGCGGAGUGCCUGCAGUGGGUGGAGGAUCGUCUGCAGGACACCCUACGAUGUAACAUAGAAGAUGAACUCACCGCACAGCAGCACUUCGUGAUCAACGAGAUGCUCAUGGGCGAGGACGCACGGUACCGCGUCCUCUUCGCUUACUACGCAGAGCCCGUGGUGACCCCAGCGAAGGCGAAGAAGACCGUCUCAACCUCCGGACCAUGCACCUCGAUGGAAAACAACAGCGGUAACUUCAAUGGAGCGGCGAAUGGACAGAGCGCCUUACACGUUCCAUCGCGUCGCACCACCGUAGGAGCGAAGGAUGCGGUGAGCGGGCUCAACCGCAGCCACCCCGCCAGCGACAACGAUGACGACCCCGCCGCUGCCGCCGGUGGUGCAGCCGCCACCCCGCAAGUCAGAGGCAGGAACUCGGUCACGUCGUUUCAGGCCUUUGCUGCGGACGCGGGCGGUGCCGCUGCUCCACCUCCGCCGCCUCAGCUGCAAGUCAUCGCCGGCUUUCCGGAGCUGGCGACGCGUGGCGGCUUACCGGGGGUGUGCAGUGACGUCGUUUUCUUUGCCCGCCUCGAAGCGGAUAAACCGCUGCUGCGUGAGACACUGGAGAAUUACGUGAUGUGGGGCACCCUACGCGGCACGCACCUGCUCGACAGUUUCCUGCGCACCGUCCAGCACAUCAUCAUGCCCACCUUCCUACACAACUCGUGGCCUACCAGCAUUCAAAAAGACGUGCACACCGCGCUGCACCGCUUCAUGGCGACAGUGGUCGAGGACGUGAAUGGACUGAAGGGGAGGACGGUGUUGUACGUGCCGAGUGACCUAGCCGGCAUCGCCUCCUCCCAGGCGCACACCGAUCAUGAGCUCGUUCAGCGCUACGAGGCGACAGUGAUCCACUGGACCCGGCAGAUUAGAACGGUGGUCAGCGAGCGCGACACGACGGCCGGCGACGAGGACAGCGCGGGGCCGCUGGAGGAGCUGCAGUACUGGCGGGCACGCGCGCGCGACUUGGGCAACAUCCGCACGCAGCUCAACCGCGAAGAGGUCGCCUCCGUCGUGCGCGUGCUGAAGGAGGCGAAGUCGCUGUACUAUCUCGAGCCCUUUCUCAGCCUUCGCAGCGACAUCGAGCGUGGCACCGAGGAGGCCUACGACAACCUGCGCUACCUCUCCACCCUCAACGAGCCGUGUGAGCGUCUCGCCAAAGCGAAGCUGAACGAGAUCCCGCGAGUGGUCCAGGACGUGCUGAAGCGAAUUCAGCUCAUCUUCAUCUUCUCCAAGUUCUACAAGAAGGAACGCAUUAUCCGCCUGCUGCGCAUGGUGUCGAGUGAGAUUAUCAGCCGCUGCAGCAGCAAGAUCAAUGUGCGGGCCGUCUUCGCCGGCGACGUGAAGGACAGCAUGAAGGCACUGGAGGACAGUAUGGUUGCGGGGGAGGCGUGGCUGACGGAGUGCCGUCGCAUGUUGGCUGCCACCCGCCGUCGUCUGCGCGUGGAGCGGGGGGAGAAGGUGGAGUUUGAUGAGUCCUUCUUGAACGAGAUGGACGGCUUCGUUCGGCACCGCUGCCAAAACUUGAAAGAAAUCUGCCUGAGUCAGCUGCAGUUUGGCUUCAGCGCCGGCGCGGACGGCGAGGCGGUGCGGUCGUCCUCCGUCGCACGCGCGGACACGAACACCACGUCGCUCCGCCACAUCAGUCGGCGCACAAAGACGUCGGGCUUCGGCCGCGAGCUAAUCGCCGCCGGGGCCCCUCUCAGCGUACCGGAGCUGGAUGUCGUGAUUCGGUCCCCGGCAGAGCUGUUCGAAGGCCGGCUGCCCAUCUUCCGCGGCAACAAAGGCCCGGAGCUGGAGUCGCAGUUGAUGGACAUCCAGCGCGCCUUCAAAGCAAAGAUGGAGGUGCUGCAGCACUUCACGUACAACGUGCUCGACGUGAAGUCGACGCAGUGGGUGGACGACUACCGCGCCCUCAAGGCGGAUGUCGAGAACCUGAGCGUGAUGAUGCGCCAAAUCAUCACCGCCGCCUUCGACGCGGUGGCGACGGUCUCGAUGGGCGCCGAGGUGAUUGAGGCCUUCACCCUCAUCAGCAAGAGCGAGGAGCUGCUGAUGCAGCUGGACCGCAACACCGACCGCGUCUUCCGCCUCUUUGGGCAGCACCUCAAGGCGGUGCAGGGGGACAUGCAGCGCUUCUUUGGGCGCUCCCCACCUCUUUUCUACCGCCACCCUCCGCUCGCCGGACAGGCGGCGUGGGCGUUGUUUCGCCUGGCGUUUCUCUCCAGUGAGCAGGCGUCUCUUCACCGCUGCUACGCACUGCCGAACUCGCCAGAUAAGGACGAGGCCCUGCAACAGUACGAUCGACUCGACCGCAUCUUCCGCGAGUACGUGCGGAAGGCCUACAACGAGUGGAUUGCCGCGAUCCCUGCCAAGCCGGCGGAGAUGCUGGACGACUGCCUUCUGCUGCAGCGGCCUGGCACCGGCACCGACGUCGAGCACCCGCCGCUGUACGACGUGAACUUCCCAAUGGACCUUCUGCUGCUCUUUGCGGAGGCCCGCUGCUGGCAACGCAUGGGCGAGCCGGUGCCGGCAGAGGUUGUGGAGAUCAGCACGCGCGAGGAGCGCCUUCGCCUCUUCCGCGAGAAUGUCUCCAUCGCGGUGCGUCUGCACAACGCGGCGGUCUACUCCUUAUCGAAGGAGGAGCUGCGACUCUUUGCCCUGCGCAUUGAGACGAUGGACUCGAAGUUUCAGCCGGGGCUGGGCAAGCUGCUGUGGAACUCACAGGGCAUUGUGGAGUACUUUGUGCGUGAGUGUCGCCUGCAGGCCGAUCAGGUGCAGACCGUCAUCGACGACUUCAAGUUCUGUGGCACCUUCAUCGUCUACCACUGCAACCUCAUCGCGGAUACGCUGGCGGUGCUGGUGGAGAAGAAAGUCAUCUACACCCCCGCGGCCUUCGCGGCGAAGCAGAAGUCGUACCGCGCCGCGGUCAUCCAAAAGGUGAGCAAGAUAUACAAACUAAUGGUGCAGAAGCUCUACAACGUCUUCCAGCACUUCCGCGAGGACUACAGUGUGAGCCACACGGUGCGCGCGGAGUGGCACGACUACGUUGAGCGGGUGGAGCUGAAGCUAGAGGAGGCGCUGCGCACGAUGGUGAAGCGCUCCCUGCUAACCGUGGAGCGGGUGCUGCCGCAGGAGAGCAGCAUGGACCGCCUGGACGAGAAGGUGUUCCGCCUCAAUGUGAUGAUCAGCGUCGCGGCGGACCACAAGCCCGUCAUUCACGCCUCCCCCUCGGUCGCGGAGCUUUCGCAGGAGGUGAAUGAUGUCUGCAAGGCCAUCAUCGGCGUCGUGCGAGAUCUGCCGCGGCUGGAGGACUCGCUCGAGCAGCGCAUCCGAGAGGAGACGGAGGAGUACCUGACGGAGCACAAUGCCACCGCCGUGCACUACGCCCAUCCGAAGAGUGGGUCGCCCAUGACGCUCCGCGGCUCCUAUUAUGAAUACAUGACAGGGGACCAGGACACCAUCCUCACCCUGGGCCGCAUCCAGGACUCCUUCAUCAGCAUCGCGGAAAAGGUACGCGACAAGCUGAACCAGACCUGGCAGCUGCAUCAGUCCUCAUCGACCGACAACUUAUGGACGACGCAGCGGCAGGACCGCCGUAUUAAGCAGGGCUGGAAGCUGGAGGACUACCGCAUCAACAUGGACCACGUUGCCCAGCGCCGCGAGGGCAUCGAGAAGCAGGAGGUUUUUGCGGAGGUGCUCUUCCUACAGCUCGACUUCACCAAAAUGAAGGAGACGUUCCGCGCGCAGUGCCAGUUUGUCAUUCAGCACUACCACAGCCUGCUCUACGCCGAGGCCCGACAGGAGCUGGACAACACCUACGACUCUUUCAAGUUCACGACGGAGACGCUGUCGCGCGAGCCGAAGACGCUCGAUCAGCUCGGCGAGCAGGUGCGGCAGUGCACCAUCGCCCUGGACGCGUUGCCCUCCGUGGAGGGUCAGUUCGACAUGCUCGCCCAGAAGUUUGCCCUCAUCACGAGCGAGGCGUACAACUUCGGUGGGGUCGACCCGGCGGAUGUGGCGCGCUGCGAGGCACUGCCGGAGGCGUUCGAGGCCUACGCCGUGCAGUUGAAGGCGAUCCGCAAGCAGCUCGACGUGUACAAGGAGCAAUUCCGUGUAGAGGUAGAGGCGGAUCUGCGCGCCCUCGCAUCCAAAAGCUUCACACUGUACCAGCAGGUGCGUGAUGAGGCGCCGACGAUGUGGAGUCUCAAGACGGCGGAGGCACUGGCGCAGCUCGACGCACUGCAGCGCAAGGCGGUCGCGCUGCGCAACCUAGAGAAGAGUCUGCAGCAGGGCAUCGACAUUUUCGGCCUCGAGCACCCCCCGUUGGACGACCUUGUCAAGGCCGAGACGCGGCUGCGGCUGCUGCGCCGGGUAUGGAUGCUCGUGCGGGACUGGCGCACCCACACGCACUCGUGGAAGCACACGUACUUCAUGAAGCUGAGCAGCGAGCGCAUGCUGGAGGAUAUUGAGUCGACACGGAGGGAAGUGAUGCAGCUGCGCAAGGACAUGGAGCAGCUGGAUGUGUGGCAGCAGUUGAAGGAAGACAUCGAGCUCAUCAAACGCAUUCUGCCGAUCAUCGACGACCUCCGCACACCGGCGAUCCGGCCGCGGCAUUGGGAACAACUGAAGGUGCAGCUCGACACGGAGUUUGACCUCGACGACGAGAAGUCCUUCUGCUUGCAGCGCCUGAUGGACGCCCACGUGGAGUCGCAGGCGGAGUUCAUCAGCAACAUGGCCGUCGCCGCCCGCGAGGAGCUGAAGAUCGAGACGGACCUGGAAAAGAUCUCGCUCUUCUGGGAGGAGGCGGUGCUGAUCAUCGAACCCUACCUCGGCUACCACAAAAUCGCCGCCGUCGAGGACAUCAACACGGCGCUGGCGGAGCACCUGAUGAUGCUCAGCUCGAUGAAGAUGUCGCGCUUCGUGGACAACUUCCGGCCGCGAGUGGUGCAGUGGGAGCAGCUGCUGUCGCAGGUCGCGGACACGAUAGAGGGGCUGCUCGGGGUGCAAACGAAGUGGAUGUACCUGGAGAGCAUCUUUGUGGGCAGCGAGGAUAUUAAGCGGAAGCUCGUGGCGGAGUCGAAGAAGUUUGACUCGAUUCAUGGGCAGUGGCUCGCCAUCAUUGCCCGCCUCAUCACCGACCCGAACGUGGUGCGCAGCACCCGCCGCGACAGCCUGCUGGAGCAGCUGAACAGCAUGAACGGUGACCUGGAGCUCAUCCAGCGCAGUUUGGAGGGCUUUCUCGAGGAUCGCCGCCGCUGCUUCCCGCGCUUCUACUUUCUCUCGAACGACGACCUGCUCGAGAUACUGGGGCACGCCAAGGAGCCGGAGAAGGUGCAGCCGCAUCUGCGCAAGUGCUUUGAAGGGCUUUACCGACUGGCGCUGCGCACCAACCGCAACAACCGCGUGUUUGCAGAAGGCAUGUCUGCUGCGGACGGCGAGGAGGUCUCGUUUGACCCCCCGCUUCAGAUCGACGGCAUCCCGGUCGAGACGUGGUUGCGCCGGGUGGAGGGGAAGAUGCGGGAGACGGUGCAGUCCUGCCUGAACACCACCCUGGCGGACCUGCAGGCCAGCGUCUACAUCCCGCGCCGGCCCAUCAACCGCGACAAGCUGCGGCAGUGGGUGGAGAAGCACGAGGGCCAGGCCCUCAUCACGGCGGCCUGCAUGAACUGGACCCACCAAACCGAAGCCGCCAUCGUGGAGUACGGCGACUUGCACCACAACGGACUCAGCCUGGUACGCCGCAAGACCUCUCCGCUAUACAAGGUGUACAAGAAGUGGAAGAGUUUGAUUCGCAAGUACUGCCAGAUGGUGCGCGAGCCGCAGUCGCGGCUGCAGCGCAACAAGCUCGUCUCCUUGGUCACCAUCGAGGUGCACUCCCGCGACAUUUUGCGCCAUCUGCUGGCCCACCGCGUCUACCAGCUGGACGACUUUGAGUGGUCGAGGCAGCUCCGUUUCUACCCGGAAUUGCCGAGCAACACUGACAACAGUACCACAACGGCAGCGAGCGCUGCGGCUGCGGCUGCUGCUGGUGCGACGGAGGACCACCGAGCAGGAGAUCAAGGAGGGCUGCCGGGCAGCGCCGCCUCCCAUGCGGGGGGCGCAGGUGGCAGCGGCGAUGCGGCGUCUGCGGCGACGGCUGCGUGUUUGGUGCGGCAGGCGAGUGCGCAGGUGCGAUACGACUACGAGUACCUGGGCAACAGCGGCCGGCUGGUCGUGACGGGCUUGACGGAUCGUGCGUACAUGACGCUGACGACGGCGCUGCAGCUGUGCCGCGGUGGACUCCCACAGGGCCCCGCCGGCACGGGCAAGACGGAGACGGUGAAGGACCUGGGCAAGGCGAUUGGCAAGUACGUGAUGGUGUUCAACUGCUCUGACGGCCUGGACUACCGCUCCGUCGGCCGCAUGCUGAGCGGUAUCGCGCAGACGGGUGCGUGGUCGUGCUUUGACGAGUUCAACCGUAUCGAGGUGGAGGUGCUCUCGGUCGUGGCGCAGCAGAUCCUGUCCAUCUUGAACGCCGUGUCAGAGAGUAAGGAGCACUUCUUGUUCGAGGGGACGGAGAUCCCGCUGAACGUGAACUGCGGCCUCUUUGUGACGAUGAACCCCGGCUACGCGGGCCGCUCGGAGCUCCCGGACAACCUGAAGGCCCUUCUGCGGCCCAUCUCGAUGAUGGUGCCGGACUUCACCCUGAUUUGCGAGAUCACCCUCCUCUCGGAAGGCUUCGAGGAGUCGGAGUCGCUGUCAAAGAAGGUGUCCAUCCUUUACGAGCUCAUGGAGAAGCAGCUGUCCAAGCAGGACCACUACGACUUCUCCUUGCGCAACAUCAAAGCCGUCCUCGUACAAGCCGGCAACCUCAAGCGGGAGAACUUCCCCGGCACGGAGCAGCAGCUGUGCCUGAAGGCGAUGAAGGAUAUGAACCUGCCGAAGUUCGUGAAGGAGGACGUCCCGCUGUUCCUGAGCAUGCUGGGGGAUCUGUUCCCUGGCGUGACCCCGCAAAGCGCCGGCCUCGAGGAGCUGCGGGCCGCGACCGUCGACGAGCUGCAGACGGGGAUGCUGCAGGUCAACGAGCACAUCAUCACCAAGUGCCUGCAUCUCUGGGACACGCUGCACACCCGUCACGGUGUGAUGGUGGUGGGCCGCGCCGCGUCCGGCAAAACGGUCACCUGGCGUACGCUGGCCGGUUCACUGAAGCGGCUGAAGGAGGCCGGCGUGGAGGGCCCUUACGAGGUUGUGAAGGAGUCGUUGCUGAACCCCAAGUCGGUCACGAUGGACGAGCUCUAUGGCAGCUACAACCAAGCCACGCGGGAGUGGAAGGACGGCAUUCUGUCCGACUUGAUGCGGCAAAUCUGCCGCGACGCGACGGACCCGAGCUACAAGUGGCUCGUCUUCGACGGCCCGGUGGACACGCUGUGGAUUGAGAGCAUGAACACCGUGCUGGACGACAACAAGAUGCUGACCCUCAACUCCGGCGAGCGUAUCAACAUGAACCCGACGGUGCGGAUGCUGUUCGAGGUGCAGGAUUUAUCACAGGCCUCCCCUGCCACGGUCUCCCGCUGCGGCAUGGUGUACUUCAGCGUGGAGGAUCUCACGUGGCGGCCUUUCAUCAGCACCUGGCUGCAGUCGCGCCGUGUGUUUGAGGUGGCGAUGAACGCCCCAAAGCCGGACGCCACGCUGGGCGAGCUGCAGAGCUUCAUCGACAACGCGCUGGCACGCGCGCUGGAGUUCAAGCGGGCGGAGUGCGCCGACCUUAUCACGACGACGGAGUUCAACACCGUGCGCUCCUUCACAACGAUGCUGGACGCGCUGGCGAACACGGAGGCGGCGGCGGUGCUGCCCGGCGGUGCGCGCUACCAAGCCGCGCAGGCGGGCGAGAAUUACCUAGCCCAGCUGAGGAUGAUGGCUACCUUCUCGCUCGUCUGGUCCGUCGGCGGCAGCCUCACGGCCGACUCGCGGCGCAAGCUGGACGCCUUCGUGCGAGAGAUGGACUCCUCGUUCCCCUCCACGGAGACCGUCUUUGAGUACUUCCCCGACUUGUCGACGCUGCGGUGGGUGGGCUGGGCCGAGCAUCCGGAGGUGCUGAAGCCGUUUGCGCCACCCGAGGGCACACCUUACUACGCGCAGAUUGUGCCCACCGUCGACACGGUGCGGUACGCCUACAUGGUCUCCCAGCUCGUCCGCAGCCGGGUGCAGCUGGUGCUUGUGGGCACCACCGGUACGGGUAAAUCGCUCGUUGCGCACAAGGUGAUGCACGACCUCCCGCAGGACGCCUUCGUCACGACCCACCUCCACUUCUCCGCGCAGACGACAGCGAGGAAUGUGCAAGAGAUCAUUGAGGGCCGCAUGGAGCACACGUCGAAGAAGGUGUGCAACCCACCUGGCGGGCGGCGUAUGGUGUGCCUGAUUGAGGACCUGAACAUGCCGGCCAAGGAAAUCUUCGGUGCGCAGCCCCCGCUGGAGUUGCUGCGGCAGUGGAUGGACAACGGGUACUGGUACGACCGCACCUCGCGGUCUAAGCGGCUGGUCAACGACAUGCAGCUGCUGUGCUGCAUGACCUACGGCCGCCCGGACAUCACGGAGCGUCUGCUGAGCAAGCUGAACGUGUUUAACAUCGCCUUCCCGGCGGAGACGGUGCUCGUCAGUAUCUUCUCCUCCAUUCUGGGACACCGCUUCGCACCGUACGCGGAUCUGAAGGGCUACGUCGACGCCAUCGUGCGCGCAACGAUCGAGGUGUACAUGAAGGUCUCCACCGACCUGCUACCAAUUCCGAGCAAGUCCCAUUACCUCUUCAGCUUACGCGACCUCAGCAAGGUCUUCCAGGGCAUCUACGGCUGCUACCUCGAGGCCCUCACGAGCAAGGAGCAGCUGGUGGCACUGUGGGUACACGAGUCUCAGCGCGUCUUUGCGGAUCGCAUGAACGACCCCGCGGACAAGGUGUGGUUCAAGCAGCUCCUGAACGAGCGGCUGAACAACUCCUUCCAGACGAAGUGGGCCAACAUGCUCAAGGCCCGCUCCAGCCAUUUGAAGAACCAGACCGUGUCGGAGAACGAAAAUCCCAUCUUUGUGGACUUCCUGGACGGGGAGCAGGACGAGAUGGCGAAGUACAAGCUGGUCCCCUCGCUGGAGCAGCUCCGGCAGAUUGUGGAGGAGGGCCUGGCGAACUACAACGCAGAGCCGGGCGCGCGGCCGAUGAACAUCGUCUUCUUCGCGGAUGCGCUGGAGCACCUGUGCCGCAUUCACCGCGUGCUGCGGCAGCCGCAGGGCAACGCGCUGCUCGUGGGUCUCGGCGGCAGCGGACGCAACUCGUUGAGCCGGCUGGCCACCUACCUCGCCGGCUACACCAUGUUCACGAUUGAGAUCCACAAGAAGUACGACCAGGAUCGCUUCCACGACGACCUGCGCACCCUCUACCGUGCCUGCGGUGUCAAGCGUCAGCAGAAGGUGUUCUACAUUGCCGACACCCAACUCGUGGAGACGUCCUUUUUGGAAGACCUGAACAACAUGCUGUCCGCCGGCGAGGUACCGAACCUGUUUGUGAAGGACGACGUGCAGCAGAUCAACGACGAUGUGCGCAAGCUGGCUCUGCUGAACGGCUGCCGCGACACCUCCGAUGAGCUCUACAACUUCUUUAUCCGGCAAGCACGUCAGCACCUGCACCUCGUGAUCGCCAUGUCGCCGGCCCACCGCCUCUUCUACGUGCGGCUGCGGCAGUUCCCUGCCCUGGUCUCGUGCACCUCCAUUGACUGGUACUACGCGUGGCCGAAUGAGGCGCUGAAGGAGGUCGGUCUGCGGCACCUGCGCGACUCGCGGAGGGAGGAGGAGUCGGAUGCGCUGCUCGAGACGAUCAGCGACCUUUUCGUCUACCUGCACGACACAACAAACCAACGGGCGGAGCAGAUGCGGGAGCAGAUCCACCGCCACACAUACGUCACGCCGUCGUCCUUCAUCGACCUGGUCCGCGGCUUCCGCACGAUGCUGCAGAGUAAGAAGGUCAGCAUCACGGAGCAGCGCGACAAGCUCGCCAACGGUAUGUCGAAGCUGGAGGAGACGAAGGUGACGGUGAGUGAGAUGCGGGAGGAACUGAAGGUGCAAGACGCGCGCUUGCAGGAGAAGUCCGCCGAGGUCAGCAAGGCAACGGAGAGCAUCCAGGCCCGCCAGCACAUCGCCGAGGAGCAGCAGACCCUCGUGGCGUCGGAGAAGGUGAAGAUUGAGCAGACGAAGCGCGCCGCCUUGGUUGAUCUGGCGGAGGCGCAGAACGACCUGGACCGCGCCAUGCCCACCUUGUUGGAGGCUCAGGCGGCGCUGGAUAAGCUGGACAAGAGCGACAUCAACGAAGUUAAGUCGUACAAGACGCCCGCGGCGAUGAUUCGAACGGUGAUGGAGGCCGUGCAGACGGCGCUGCACCGCAAGCUCGACUGGGACGAGGCGAAGAAGUCGCUGAGCGAGCCGAAGUUCAUCGACAUGCUCAAGACCUACCACGAGUCGCACGACAUGACGGAUCAGAAGCUGCUCAACGCGUUGGAGAAGUACGUGAAGCGCAACGACUUCACGCCGGCCGCCGCGAGUGCGGUGUCGAAGGCGGCCGGCGGCCUCUGUCAGUGGGUGAUUGCGAUUUACAAGUACGGCAACAUCUACAAGGAGGUGCACCCCAAAAUUGUGAAGAACGAAAACGCGCAGCAGAAGGUGCGGGCGCAGGAGGAGAUGCUUCGCCAGAAGGAGGAGAAGCUGCAGAAGAUUAUGGACGAGGUGAAGCAGCUGGAGACGGAUCUGCAGGCGAACAUCGCGGAGAAGAACCGGCUUAUGGCCGAGGCACGCGCCACCCAGGAUAAGCUCAACAAGGCCGAGAUCAUCGUCGACGGUCUGGAGGGCGAGCGUGGCCGCUGGACGCAGUCGAUCGCCCGCUUCGAUGCCGCACUAGAGAAUAUAAACGGCGACACACUGCUCGCGUGCGCAUUCAUGUGCUACUGCGGUGCCUUUACGGCGGAUUAUCGCCAGAUGCUGUGGCUGAGCUGGCUGAAGGAGGUGAAGCGGGUGCAGCUGCCCCUGAACCGCGACUACGACUUUGUGGACUUCUUGGCGGACCCGACGGAGGUGCGCGACUGGCAGCAGGCCGGGCUGCCCGGCGAUGAGUUCAGCAAAGAGAAUGGCGCGAUGGUGGUGUACGGCCCCCGCUACCCCCUCAUGAUCGACCCGCAGCAGCAGGCCAUCAAGUGGGUGAAGCGAAUGGAGCGGGACAACGGACUGAAGGUGAUUGAUCCGAAGCAGCCGGACUUCCAGAAGACGGUCGAGUACGCGAUUCAGUUUGGCUGCCCGCUGCUGCUGCAGGAUGUGCUGGAAGAGAUCGACCCCCUGCUCGAUCCAAUCAUGUCCCGAUCCUUCAUCAUGAAGGGCACCCGCAAGCUCGUGAAGGUCGGCGACAACUUCGUGGAGUUCAAGGAGGGCUUCAAGCUGUACAUCACCACUCGACUGCCGAACCCGCACUACACGCCGGAGACGUGCACGAAGGUGUGCCUGUUGAACUUCGCGGUGAAGGAGCAGGGAUUAGAGGAGCAGCUGCUGAAGAUCGUUGUAGAGAAGGAGAAGCCCGAGCUGGAGCACGAAAACGAGCAGCUCAUUCUGCACACGGCCGCCGCGAAGAAGGACAUGAAGCAGCUGGAGGAGGACAUUCUCGAUCUGCUGUCCAUCUCGCAGGUGUCACUGCUCGAAAAUCAGCGUCUCAUUGAGACGCUGCAGACUGCUAAGGUGACCGCGGCGAAUAUUCAGACGCAGCUGCAGGAGGCGGAGAUCACCUCCGUGAAGAUCCGCGAGGCCCGCGAGGAGUACCGCGAGUGCGCGCGGCGGGCGUCCAUUCUCUUCUUCGUCCUCGCCGACCUAGGCGCCAUUGACAGCAUGUAUCAGUUUGCGCUGGACUCCUACAUUCAGCUCUUCCAGACCAGCAUCCGUCGCUCGUCGGAGAAGAUCGUGUCACACACCAUGGACGAGCGCAUCAAGACGCUGAAUGAGUGGCACACAGCUGCGGUGUACAACAACACCUGCCGCGGCCUCUUCGAGCAACACAAGCUGCUCUUCGCCUUCCAUAUGACGAUGCGCAUCCUGCAAGCGCAGGGGCACGUGAACUUGGAGGAGUACGUCUUUAUGAUGCGUGGCGGGCAGAUCGUGGACAAGCAGAGCCGCGUGCCGAACCCGGCGACGGGGUGGCUGUCCGAGCGUGCGUGGGACCACAUCUUGGAGCUCGACCGCCUCAGUGCGUUCCACGGCAUCGCCGCGCACUUUGAGCAGCACGCCGAGGAGUGGAAGAAAUGGUACCUGCUGGAGCGUCCCGAGGAGUCGACGCUGCCAGAGGAGUGGGAGGCCCGCUGCGGGAAGAACGCGCUGCAGCGCAUGAUCUUCACCCGCUGCCUCCGCCCCGACCGGCUGGUCUUUAUGGUCUACGAGUUUAUCGAGGAGAAGCUGGGCAGCCAGUUCGUUGACCCGCCAGCCUUCAACCUCAAGGACACCUACGACGAGAGCACCAACACGAUCCCGCUCAUCUUCGUGCUGUCCACCGGCGUCGACCCCACGACGCAGCUGCAGGUGCUCGCGCAGCGGGAGAGCCGUCAGCUGAAGGUGCUCGCGCUAGGACAAGGGCAGGGCGACAACGCGAAGCGGGCCCUGCAGGAGUACAGCCAGACGGGCGGGUGGGUGUUCCUGGCCAACUGCCACCUAAUGGUGUCGUGGCUGGUCGAGCUGGAGAAGAUCAUCGACGUGAUUUGCGAGCAGAACCCGCACCGCGACUUCCGGCUGUGGCUGAGCUCGGUGCCAACGCCGCAGUUCCCGAUUGGGGUGCUGCAGCGAUCCAUCAAGAUGACGACGGAGCCGCCGAAGGGCAUUAAGGCGAAUAUGCAGCGGCUGUAUAACACCUUCUCGGAGGACGAUCUGGCAAACCGCAGCGCCGAGCACCCCCUCAUCUACCGCAAUCUGCUCUUCAGCCUGUGCUUCUUCCACAGCGUGCUGCUGGAGCGGCGCAAGUACGGCACCCUCGGCUACAACGUCCUCUAUGACUUCACCUCGUCAGACUUUGAGGUGUCGGAGAACAUCAUUCAGCUCUACAUUGACCACAUGCACUCCGACGCCGUCGAAGACGUGCCGUUUGUGACGAUACGCUACCUCAUCGCGGAAGCCUCGUACGGCGGGCGCGUGACGGACGACUGGGACCGUCGGGUGCUGAACACGUACAUGGCCCAGUACAUGUGCCCGGAGGUGAUCUCGCAGGACCGCUACCCCCUCGCGUCGGCCGAGGAGUACUACAUCCCGGAUGACUGCAACACGCUGCAGGCGUACAAGAACCACUGCGCCCAGCUGCCCAUCACUGACCCACCGGAGGCGUUCGGUCAGCACGCAAACGCAGAUAUUGCUAGUCGCAUUGCGGAGUCCACCGCGCUGCUCGAUUCGCUCAUCAACGUCAACACGACGCUCGUGCGGGAUGGCGGCGGUGGCGGCGGCGGUGGCGGUGCGACGCAGGUGGUGACGCAGGAACAACGGUGCCUGGAGAUUCUGGCGUCGAUUGAGGAGCCGAGCAAGGCGGCCACACCGGGUCUGUUGGACUACGCCGCCAUUUACGAGUACACCGAGGGCGAUCGCGAGAACGCGUUGAAUACGUGCCUCUUACAAGAAGUGCAGCGGUACAACGUGUUGCUGCAGAAGAUCCACCGUCAAAAGGCGGAGCUGCGCCGUGCGGUGAAGGGCGAGAUUGUCAUGUCAGAGGAGUUGGAGACCAUCUUUAACGCGCUGCUGCUGGGUCGUGUGCCACCGCCGUGGAUGAGCGCCUACCCGAGCCUCAAACCCCUCGCCAGCUGGGCGGUGGACUUGGUGGAGCGCAUCGAUCAGAUGCGGCUGUGGAGUCAGCGCACGCCGACAGUCUUUUGGCUCUCCGGCUUCACGUACCCGACCGGCUUCCUCAAGUCGCUGCAGCAGCAACAGGCGCGGCGCGACCAGAUCUCGAUUGAUCAGUACGACUGGGAGUACGCCAUCCUGCCCAGCGAGGAACGCGCCAUCGCACACCGACCCAAGAAGGGCGCCUACGUGCGCGGAAUCUUCCUCGAGGGGGCGGGCUGGAGUGCCGACGCGAACACGCUUUGUGAGCCGCGGCCGAUGGAGCUGAUUGUGGCGAUGCCGGUGAUUCACUUCAAGCCGAAGCUGCGUACCGGGAAGCCGAAGCCGGUGAGCGUGUAUGAGUGCCCGCUGUACAUGUACCCCGUGCGUACAGGCAUGCGUGAACGUCCCUCUUACGUGGUGGCGGUGGACUUGGAUUCUGGUGACGCGGUGCCGGAGACGUACACGAAGCGCGGGACGGCGUUGUUGCUCUCCACCGAUGAGUAA